GGUUUAAAUUAAAUUCUUAUUCCUAUUUAAUUAUUUAUAUUAUGUUUUUUAUUUAAUAAUUUACAUUUGUUUUUUUACAACGUAAAAAUGUAAUGUUUUUGUUGGUUUGUUUACAGCUGAAAUUGAGCUUAGUGGUCCCUAAAUGCAUAACCCAUCUUGCAAGUCCAUUAUUUAAAUUCUGUCUAUCGCACACAAAUGUGUCGAUUCACAGGUGAUGUGCAAAUGUCCCAUUUACACCUGGAGGAGGACCAAGCUGAAUAAAAAGCGUUUAGUUUCUCAAACACCGCAGUCUCUUUUUAGGUAAGGAAACUAUGGAAGCGUGCGACUUCUGCAAAUACAACCGUGACGGGAAAGGCGAUGCUGUCUCAUUCUACAGAUUUCCACUAGAUGAGGAGAAACGUCGCCGUUGGAUAGCAAAUAUGGGGAGAGACGCUGGGUGGACUCCAUCUGAAUCCUCAUCUCUGUGCUCCGCUCACUUCACUUCGGAUUGUUUUGAAUCCGGAUCAGCGCAUUUACACUCGAACGCGAUUCCGACUUUGUUUAAUUCUACACAGCCCAUGAAUCCAAACACUGAAAACGAUUCUCAAGACCAAGGAGUACGUAGAAAGUCCCCAGACUCAUCCUUAUCAUCAUGGUGUGACUGUAAUGAACGUCUACGCACUAUAGAAAAAGCUUACCAGUUGAAAAUAGCUGCUGCCCAGCUUCAAAUAAAGGAGCACAAAAAG